AUGCCGCCCACACUUUGCUCUGUACGCGCCCUAGUACAAAAGCUUGCGACAUUGUGUUCACAGCUUCCUCAUCAAGUCGUACCCGAGGCUCUUCCAGACGAUAAUAUCUACCAUGUCAUGACUCGUGUUGCCUUGGAGGACCCGUGUUCGACCUUCAACCGAAGGUUUGACAUCCUCUAUGCGGAGCAUUUGCGUGACCAGAACGGCCGACUUCCGAAUAUCCAACGUGGCCAAUAUGGACUAGACGCAGUUGUCUUGUACCUGCAGACUGCGCCCUGGUCACAGAUGCCUCUUGAUAUUGUCGAACCAAAGCUCUUACAGCUUUUCAAUAAGGUGGUCUAUAUUGCAUUAACGUACGUUCAAGACUUGAAGAGCAAGCAAAAGAGUGGUUUUGAACCAGAGCACCCCUUUGCCAUUGAUGACUCUACGCCUGGGGAACCAGAUACGAGUGUUGAUUUGCACCCUGGCACUCUUUCUGACACGAAUUAUAUUGCCCAUGAUCUCAAUUAUCAGCGACACGGAACCAGACUCGGAGUUUCCAUCAUCAAAGAUUUAGGUGCCGGGAAUGCUCUUCUCAAUUUAUUUGAUGCUGGUAUGUCUUAUUAUUUCGUUCUCGGGUUGGAGGUCCUUUACGAUGGACUUCGCUGGUUCCGACGACUGAAUGAUUCUGACCGUGGAACACGUGCAAAGAUCCUGUUCGAGACCGUGUACAAGGAAUACAAAGAUACAGCAAACGAGGAAGAUCAGGCGUCGACCCAAAAAUCAGUUCCUGCUCGGAAAACAACAUCAAAUUUCCUUAACGAUGUCAUGAUGAACGAUAUUCCAUCAGACUCGGAGACGGAUGCUGUAACUGCUUCUGUUCUAGCCAACAAGUGUGAUCGCUUCUACAUUGCGUACAAGCCCAUCGAUCAAGGGGAUGAGAAUGAUCCACUUGCCUGCUGGAAGUACACUGAGUUUUAUCCCUUGGUAACAGCAGAACGAAUCAAGAUUCCCCAUUAUCGCAAGGAUGGAUCGCGAUUUUUUGCCAAUCCCGUGUACAAGUAUUUCCGUUGA